GGUGCUCGAUUACAAGGGGAGCAGUCUCCUGGUGACAUCUCCUCCUUUACGGCAAAUGGAAUAUGGCGGAGGGUGAGAAACCCCAAGACGGACUGUGGCUCAGCAAGAAAUGGCUGGAGGCUGCAGACAGCAGAGCGGAGCUUCUCCGCUACCUGAAGGAGCAGGUGCCGCAAAUCUUCUGUCUGAAGUCAGAGUCCAGCCCCCAGGAGGAAGAGGAGCUCACACAGAGCCGACUUCUCCAUCCGCUAGAGUGUUUCCUGUUUGGAGAAAAUCCUCAGGAGGGUCUGGAGAAGCUCAAGCAGGGCAGCAGCUCCUCCCAGCUGUGUGGACGCGUCUUCAAAGAGGGAGAGACUGUCUACUCAUGCAGGGAUUGCGCCAUAGAUCCCACGUGUGUCCUGUGCAUGGACUGCUUCCAGGAUAGUGUGCACAAAAGCCAUCGUUACAAGAUGCACGCAUCUUCAGGCGGGGGCUUCUGUGAUUGUGGGGACUUGGAAGCCUGGAAGAUUGGCCCCUGUUGCUCCAAACACAACCCAGGGGCAGCCACUGCCAUGGUAACGGAUGAGUGUGUGUUGGAGCCUCAGUUAUAUGAGCGGGCUGAGAAACUGUUUCGGGUGCUGCUGCAGUACGUUGCAGACUUCCUGGUUUGGGAUGAGAACUUGGAGCUGUCAGCGGAACUCCAGCCUCGAACAAAAGAAAAUGCAUACUACUGUGUUCUGUACAACGAUGAGCACCACUCGUACGACCAUGUGAUCUACACCCUGCAGCGCUCUGUCCAAUGUGAUCAGGCCGAAGCUCAGACGCACACGGCUCUUAUUGACAAAGAGGGUCGGCGGGCUGUGAAGAGAGGAACUCUUCUCUCCUGCCAGCAAGCUAAAGAUCUCAUUAGGUCCAACUCAGAGCACAUUUCGUUGCAGCCGCUUCGUGUGGAGAUCCUUCACUCAGCUGUAAUGGCUCAUCAAACUUUUGCUAUACGUCUCGGCAACUGGUUCCAAAAGAUCAUCGGUUACUCAGUGGGCUUCAGGCAGGCUUUCAGUCAGGUGGCCCUGGAGCCAAACACAGACGGAGAGCGGCCCUGCCUCAUCAGCAGACUCAUGCUGCAUGAUGCCAAGAUGUACAAAGGAGCUCGCAAGAUCGUACAUGAGAUGAUUUUCUGUAGCAUGCUGAUGGAGACAGAGUUCAAGAGGCUUUUUGCUAUUGAGUUUACAAAGCACUACAAGCAGCUGCAAAAGGAUUUCAUAAAUGAUGACCAUGAGAGGAGCAUAUCCAUAACGGCUCUGUCUGUUCAGAUAUUCACUGUACCCACAUUAGCCCGGCAGCUGAUUGAAGAGGGCAAUGUCAUUAAAGUGAUAGUUGACACAGUGAUGGAACUGCUGCGUGAACAUCUGGAUGACAACAAUCGCUUCUUCUUCCUCGGCUACAACUCAGACAAGUUCUCCCGCAUCCAGGUCAUCUUCCACGACCUCAGGUACAUUCUGAUCAGUAAACCCUCGAUAUGGACUGAAGAGCUGCGGACACAGUUCCUAGAGGGGUUCAAAAUCUUCCUUGGGCUCCUCAAAUGCAUGCAGGGCAUGGAGGAGGUGAAGCGCCAGUUCGGUCGGCACAUUGCGGUGGAGCCAGAAUGGGAGGCUGGUUUUUCUCUUCAGAUCCAGCUCCGCCAUGUUCUUGCAAUGUUUCAGGACUGGUGUUCCUCUGAUGAUGACAUCUUGCUGCUUGCAUUUAAAGAGUGCCACACAGUCCUGAUGCAAUGCAACAAUCAGCCCUUCCACAGAGAGGCCACAGACUACUACAUGUGCAAACACAUCCUCCAUGUUCACCCAUACAAAGUGUCGCAGGAGCCUGUCAGCAUACAUCUGCCCAUCUCCAGGCUACUGGCUGGCCUCUUUGUAAUGUUGUGCAGAACAGGGGCCAUUGACCGGCUGGAUAAUCUGGAGGGCUAUGACCUCACUCAGCUCGCGGAGCAUCCUCUGCGCUGCGUUGUGCUGGCUGCACAGGUCUCAGCUGAAAUGUGGCGGAGAAACGGCCUGUCUUUGGUCAGCCAGGUCUACUACUAUCAGGACGUAAAGUGCAGGGACGAGAUGUACGAUAAGGACAUUCUCAUGCUUCAGAUAACUGCUUCCAAAAUGGACCCUAACCACUUCCUCAUGCUGAUCUUGUUGAGAUUUGAGCUUUUUGAUUACUUUAACGGAAGUUGUACAAGCAAAGACCAGGAUGAACUGACACAGUGGAACCGUUUGACUGAAGAGAUGCUGUUCCUCCUUAUUGUCAUUGCUGGUGAGCGUUAUGUUCCGGGUAUCAGUCAAGUGACCAAAGAGGACGUGACCAUGAGGGAGGUUAUCCACCUGCUUUGCAUUGAGCCCAUGGCUCAUAGUAGCCUGGUCAAGGGACUGCCUGAGAAUGAGAGCCAUGAAACAGGCCUGGAGUCUGUGAUUACCAAAGUUGCUACUUUCAAAAAACCAGGUGUUUCAGGACAUGGAUUGUAUGAAGUAAAAAAAGAGUGUCUGGCAGAAUUCAACCCUUUCUUCUACCACUAUUCAAGAUCUCAACAUAGCAAGGCCGAAGAAUCUCAGAAGAAGAGGAGGACUCAAGAGAGCAACGAUAAAACUUUGCCACCUCCCAUGCCCCCAGCCUUCUGCUCACCUUUCUCCAGUAUAGUGCGUCUGCUCUGCUGUGACAUCAUCAUCCAUGUCCUGAGACGCGUCCUGCAGAGAGCGGCAGAGGACCGGGCAACUCAUUGGACAGAAGCCAUGAUCCAGAGGGCCCUGCACCUGAUAGGUCAGGCAUUGCUAGAAGAGAAAUUGCAGCUUGAGGAAAGCUCUAUGGAGGAAGUGACCUUUGAUUUCAGCCUGAAGGCCCGCAGAAUCGGCUCAGAACACGGCAAGUCAGUGUUCGCCUUGUUGUCAAAGAUCAAGACUGUUCCUUCCCUUGAAGCUCAGAAAGACAUGGUCAAAUGGGUUCUUCAGAUGUUUGAGAUCAUCAAGUGCCUUAGAGAGAAGUCCAGCCCGUCAGCCUCUAUGAGCAUGGAAACAAGCAGGCCUGAAGAGAGUGCUCAGGACAAAGAGAAAGCUGAGCGCAAAAGAAAGGCAGAGGCAGCCAAACUCCAUCGACAAAAGAUCAUGGCUCAGAUGUCCGCAAUGCAGAAAAACUUUAUCGAGUCAAACAAGAUGCUCUAUGACAACAUGCCAGAGAGCGUGACACAAGGAGAGCCUGCUACAACCACUGAGAGCUGUGCCAUGGAGCAGAGGGAGCUGUGCGUAGCUGUCGGCCCUCAUCGAGGGUUCACUCCAGCUGAGAGGGAGGUACUCACCUGCAUCCUUUGUCAGGAAGAACAGGAAGUGGCGGCCCAGGCUCAGGCCAUGGUGCUGACUGCGUGUGUGCAGAGAUCCACAGUGCUGACACAGUGCAGAGGGAAGAAACUGACCUGCAUAGGAGAUGGGACAGCAUAUCCUCUCUUCAUGCCUCCUGAGCUGGCGGUUGGGACCCACACUGGAAGCUGUGGACACGUCAUGCACUCCACAUGUUGGCAAAAAUACUUUGAGGCUGUUCAGAAUACAACCAGGAACCGGCUCCACGCCGAGCUGAUCAUCGACCUGGAGAACGGGGAGUACUUGUGUCCCCUCUGCAAGUCUCUGUGCAAUACUGUUGUACCCCUCAUCCCCCCAGAGCAACUUCUGUUUAACUACGAAAAUGCAGAACUAAUUGGAAAGCAUUUGACCAUGCCUCGAUGGAUCCAGAUUCUUUCUGCAAGGAUAAAAGGACUCAAGUCACUCACUCAGGAAAAUGAUUGCAACACAGAAAGCAGUAGUGUUGAUGUUGAUACAGGAAUGUGUGGAGAGGGUCAGCUGGACCCCAGAUCCAUUCUCAGCUAUGGGCUUCGAGAGCCGAGGAGGCUCUCAGACAGCAUAGUAGAGAUGCUGGUUGUGUGUGCCACCACAGUCCACAGGGUGGGACUGCAGACGGCACCCAAUGAGCUGUGCCCAUGUGUGCCCCUCAUGGCGUGGAACACAUGUGCCUUCACUAUCCAGGCCAUAGAAAACAUCCUGCAAGAGGAGGAAAAGCCGCUCUUUGGGUCCUUACAAAACAGACAGCUUGCAGGUCUGAAGGCAAUUGUUCAGUUUUCAGCAGCUCAGAGAUUGAAGAGCUCCCAGGCUGUCAUUCAGAGGCACUUUGCUGGCAUGCUGGGGGUCUUAUUGCCAUCCAUGAGCAGAAGAAACACCCCUUCUCUGUUGGAGGUGGACUUCUUCCAUCUUCUGGUGGGGAUGGUGUUGUCUAUCCCCUCACUGUAUCAGGAGCAGGCUGUAGACUUACAGCCGUCUGCUAUCAGCUCUGCCUACAACCAUCUGCACAUUCUUCAUCUGGUCACCAUGGCUCACAUAGUGCAGGUCCUCCUGUCUUCUACAGAUUUCCCUGCAGUAGCAAGCGGAGAAGAGACAGAGGAGACGAGAGCAGCAGCAGAGCUGUACGGUGCAGUGUCACAACACACUGGCCGGCCCAUUCCAGAUGUGUGCGGCAGCGCUGUGGCCGAAAGAGUGAAAAGAGGAAUCGAACCUUUCCUGCGCUGUGCUGCUCUCUUUUUCAAUUGCCUUACAGGAGUACAUCCACCGGAGGAGCUCUCCAGUACUGCUGUUACCCCUCAAGGACAGAUGGAGGCAGUGUGCAGCUACCUGGCACUUCCCUCAAAUGUGUUCCAGCUCUUCCAGGAGCACAGAGAAACUGUUGCUCCAUUGCUGCAGAAGUGGUGUGGAAACCAAGCUGUAACCAAAGCUCUGAAAGGAAAACUUCAGACAGUCAGAUACCCCAGGAGAAGGAAUCGUUUGAUUGAUCUUCCCGAGGAUUACAGCGCUCUCCUCAAUCAGGCCAGCCAUUUUCAAUGUCCAAAGUCUAUGGAUGAUGAGAGGAAGCAUCCGACCCUGUGCCUGUUCUGUGGGGCCAUGCUGUGCUCUCAGAGCUCCUGCUGUCUCAGCCCGCUGGAUGGAGAGGAUGUGGGGGCUUGCACCGCCCACGCUGCUACCUGUGGUGCUGGAGUGGGCAUGUUCCUCAGGAUAAGAGAGUGUGAAAUAGUACUGAUGGCAAGUAAGACUCGAGGAAGCACAUAUCCUGCUCCUUACCUGGAUGAUUAUGGAGAGACUGAUCCUCAUCUUGGAAGGGGCAACCCUCUACACCUUUGCCCUGAGCGCUACAGGAAGCUGAACCAGCUGUGGCAGCAGCACUGCAUCCUGGAGGAGAUCGCCCGCAGCCUGGAGGUGGUCAAUGUAAUGUUUGCCUUUGAGUGGCAGAUGUUGUGAUGAUUGCUUCUGCUGUGGAGGCUGCGGGGAGUUAAGAGCACAGCCAUAUAGCACCACUGCUCCAGUGCUCAUUAACACACAUGCAAACACACACACGAACGACGUCAACAAUCCUACAAUCAAAGGAGACCCGAGUAGCCAAUCCCUUCCCGAUGAAGCCCCUGCUGGAGUUGAGAGAAGUGGGACAGUCGAGGAGGAGGAAUAUGGAGAAUAAUAGAGGGUGGCGGAUGAUGAGAAAACCCAAGUCGCCUUGUUUUAAUUUGAUUGUCUGUUAUGAGAAAGAGUUUCUCCUAAAGUAAUAUUAUCUGCUAAAAGGCUCAUUCAAAUAAAGACAAACAUCAGAUACUCAAUAACAUAUUUUUGUUACCGCUUCAUGGUUUUGGUUUUCUCUCCUCGGUGAUGCUGUGAAUUUUCUGCAUUUUCAUUUUGUGUGAGAAACUCUGGUGUGUCCUAAGUUAAGAUUGAUGAACUAUACUGUUUGUGAAGGUACUAUUAUUUUGAAAAGUUGAAGUACAGUUAAGGAUUCCUCACAUAUUUGUUAAGUGGGACAAAAAGAUGACCACGCCUAAUGUAACCUCUGUAAUGGUAUAUUUAGACACGUAUAUAAUUGAGAUAACAUUUAUGGAAUACACUUUAUUACAGAGUCAGUGUUCUGAGAGACAUAUUUACAAUCACAAGUUCUACUAUUAGGCCAAACUUAUUCUGUUAUUCUGAUAUCUGCUGUUUGUUUUAAAUCAUUAGACUUUAAUGAAGGGACCAUAGCUACAAAGAUUAUGCUGACUCACUUGACGCAAAUUCAACCGAAGUAAAAAAAAAAAAAAUUAAAUACUCCUAUUAAGAAUGAAAUGUACUAUUUUAUUGAGUAAACAAACCAACAUUAAAGUUAGAGUCUUAUAUCUUUUCAAUAAUCACAUCAAUCAUGCUCAUGCUUUACAGGAAGAAUGUUUGAAGAUAAUGUUUCCUCCUUUUUGUGUUGUUUGACAAUACUUCAUGACUUCCAGGCUGGAAAUAAAGAGACUAGCCUCUAUCCAGACGACUGUUCAUUUGAAGCAUUUUCUAUUUUCUCAUGUCAAACAAUUCAAUAUUUUUUUGUAAUACUGGGACAAAAUUUACUCAUCAACUGAGAACCUAAAAUAUGAUGUUUUUAUUUGAAUGGUGAAUUUGACACAUGAAUGUCUCAGAGUCAGAAUUAAGAAUUUACUGAACUACAUACUUUACUUUAAAGACAACCCACAUAUUUUCCCCUACACAUGCUGGGAUAACUUUUUAUUUCUAUAUUAUUUGACCGCUGGGUCAAUAAAGGAACUUCUGGUUCUAAAAAUAAAGGUAAACAAAGCAGGCGCUCAGACUUCCACUAAGGCUUUUACAUGAAAACAAGGAAAGACAUUGUAGCAUACUUUGCAAAGUACUGGUUUGUAGCCCCUACCAAGUUAUCCCCAACAAUAAAAACCCAGUCAUCACCA